UGUUUAGCAGACGAGAUUUCAGUGCCGCUCAGUAUGUUACAUCAUAUUCAAUAUACUGAAAAAAAUAGUUGCUUCAUACAGUUCACCGGAGCUUUAGUUUGGAAAUAACGGGCUUAUUUUAUGUCUCGACAAGUAUCAUAAUGAUAAAUGGAUUAUUGAAUUGUGCAAAAUUUUGAACUGGUUUAACGUUUAAACAGCAGAAUGAGUUAUGCUUUGAUAACAAACCGAGAACAGAAUACAUUAUAUCCUGGUUGAUAAACAUGAUGUAGAAGGACUAAUGCAAUUUGACAGAAGCAUUGAUGUUCGUUUAAAAAGAACUUCUAAGCCUAUAAAAUGUUAUAUCUCACUCAAAACACUCGUUCGAGUAAACGUGAUUAGGCCAUUUAUUUAAAAUCAAAUAUGAAUUAUACGGUUCCUGUAAGCCCUUACAGAAGCGAGACACUUCAAACAAUAAGUGUAUGGUACGGUAAAUGGCACGGUUAUAUAAGUCUUGUAAUAUGUGUUAUUGGAAUAAUUCUAAAUCUUAUAAACAUUGUUGUACUUACACGAAAGAAAAUGCAAACACCGAUAAAUUGUAUAUUAACAUGGCUUGCUGUGUUUGACAUUGCAACAAUGGCGUCAUAUGUUCCCUUUGCAUACCAUUUCUACUGUCGAUAUUCAACAUUCUUUAUAUCAUCUGACAAAAAUAGCAAGUCUUGGAUGACAUUUCUACUAGUAUAUUUGAACUUUUCCGCUACGACACAUACAAUAGCAAUUUGGCUUGCUGUUGCAUUGGCAAUAUUAAGACAUAGACAUCUGCAUUCGCCGGCUAAAGGAAGUUUAACGCGCAUGCGCCGACUUAUAAGAGCACGUGUAGUGGUUUGUAUUAUUGUGUGUGUUUCGAUAUUAAUAAUGAUUCCAAAUUACGUUAUUCAUAAAUUGGAGAAACUAGAGUAUCGAAAUAAUACAACAAUGUACGUUUUUGAAGACUGGAACUUAGGCACACAGCAUACAAAGCCUAUUACAACUAUUGCUUUGAUAAUGUACAGUGUACUUGCAAAAAUAUUGCCAAGUCUUUUAAUCAUGCUAUACGGUGGUUUGUUACUGAGGACGUUGAGUAAAUCAAUGAAAGUAAAAAGGCGACUAUCGGAAGGCGGGGCAAGCCUUAGUUAUCAAAGGAACAGGAAUCCUUCAAGAACAACAACAAUGCUACUGACUGUGAUUGUGCUUUUUCUGGUGACCGAGCUACCACAGGGGAUUCUUAUUUUGUGCUCUAUAUUUCUGGAUAAGUUCUUCGAACAUAUUUACAUUCCACUUGGUGACGUUAUGGAUAUUCUAGCGUUGAUAAACAAUGCCAUUAAUUUCGUUCUUUACUGUACAAUGAGUCAUGAAUUUAGAAGAACUUUUGUUAAACUAUUUUGCUCUUGUUCAGUGUUUGGUUUAUCAACAGGCCAAUUUUUACCAUCGCCCAGUAAAAACAAUAAUUCAAACGAUCUAUCUAUUUCCAUCAAGAGUGUAAAUCAAAAACCAAAUUCAUGCCUUACUUUGUAUACAAAGACUAUUAACGGCAAGGGAGACAGUAUACUGUAAAUAAUUUUGUUUCGUCCCGGUAAUUUCGUGUAUGUUGUGAAUAUUAGGAAAGUCAUGCAUUGAUGUUACGGCUGCAAUACUGUGUUUGAUGCGAACAAACAGCUUUAUUGUGUAUCACUGAUGAAAUAUAAAAAUCCUUCAAGGCGUAUAUGAAUGCCAAUCAUUCCUUAGCCCGUGGUAUUACAUCAAUAUAAUAAAGUUUAACUUAAAUAAAACGAUACAAUCUAGAAACACUCAUUUAUAAAACUACUGUGACAUUUUGUGUUUAUUUCUGCCAUCUUUACGCUGUCGCACAAAGGAACAAAGCAGGAGUAACGACGCCCUUCAGUCAAAAUCAUAUAGAUGCAAUAAGAUUUAGAAUCUGAAUGGACUAAUAAUAUGUAAAAAGUAUUCCGUGUACUUGUAUUUAUCCCGUACACUGACAUUGACGUUAAUGGUCAAAUAUACUACGAAUAAAUAUGAAUCUUCUAGAAACGAAUCGCUAGCAAACAUGAAGGUUUCAA